CCAGAGAUCACUGCGAUAAGACGCACAUAUUUAGUCUCUCCACCACAAAUACUAAAAGGAACAGCGGAGAGCGUCUUUGAUGGGAUUUGCUGCCAGUGAAAGCUGCAGGUCUUCUGAACGUAGUUGUCAGUCAGGGCCCUCCUCCUCCUCCCCUCUCCCCCCCGCGCGCACACACGCUGGGAACUGGGUGUAUAUAAACAGAUCCAGGAGGCUGGAUUGCCACUCAGACCUGGAUAGACUGAGACGCAGAGAAGAUGCCCGCAUCUCAAACUGGAUUUGGCAACUUUGUCUUGGAGAGGAACAUCAGCAUGCCAACUGGAUAUCAGAUCCCGGUGCUGGGAUGCCCGCCGGGUGUUCCACAGCAGCAGGCUCAGCAUCUCGCGGCUAUGGCAGCCGGAGUUCCUAUUACAUACUCGGGACUACAGGGAUACAACUUUAUCCCCUAUCCGCACCACAGGCACAUCACACACAUGAGCAACAGUUUCGACCUGAAGGCCGCCUCUCCCUACCACCACGCUCUCCUAGCUGCUCGCGGGGGUACAUUUUAUCCUCCCUACCGUCCGGGAGCAGUUGAGGAUCCCUCAAGGGUUGCAAAGGUGGCCACCCGGGAGAGCACUGGUGCUCUAAAGGCCUGGCUGAACGAGCACCUGAAGAACCCGUAUCCCACCAAGGGCGAGAAAAUCAUGCUCGCAAUCAUCACCAAAAUGAGCCUCACCCAGGUCUCCACCUGGUUCGCCAACGCAAGGCGACGUCUGAAAAAGGAGAAUAGGGUCAGCUGGGCGUCGAAGGGGAAAUCAGACGAGGAGGACGAGGAGCAGGACGGGGAGAGCGAGGACGAGGAGAGUCCAUUAGAGAAAUGUCAUUUGAAUGAGCGUGAGAAGGAGGAGGCAGAGCCUCGCAGUGGCCGCGCAGACACCGGUGAGCAGGUCGAGAGCGCGCUGGAGAGUUGCGCACCGGUGGAUGCGCGCUUGGAAACCACGCAACAAAGCAGCGAACAUGAGGACAAGGAACUUGGACUAGUCAAGAAAGUUGAAAGCGGGGAUUCUGAGCAAACGCCAUCAGCUUUGGAAAAUAAAGAGAACGCAGUGAGCCAGAAACCAAAAAUCUGGUCUUUGGCGGAGACGGCCACCUCAGAGACUGUGAAGAAACCCGUGGACAGUAUUUACCACCCCGCUGGGAAACUCUGGGCGGACUGGGCUUCACGAAACGGACUCUUACUUCCAACAUAUUAUACAACUCAUGAAAUAGUCUGAACGUGUAUUCAGACAUAAACGAUAGACUUUUCUCAACAUCUUUUGCACUUUAUUACCUUCAAACCUCAUGGACUCAAAUGAAACUCUCGUGAGACCAAAGACCAGACAUGUUGUGUUAUUGUAAAUAAACGUAGAUGUAUUUUUCAACCAGCAAGAUGUAAAUUAUGUUUCCUUUGUCUUACCGUGAAGAAAUAUUUUGAUAAAAUAAAC